AUGAAACCAGGUAGUCAAACGAAAAGGUCGGAAGUGAGGGAGAACUUGAACGAUGAGUCUUCCCAACCAGAAGACGAGUUCCAAGAGAACGAACGGGACGUCCAAUCUUUUAGAGGGGAAGGAAGAGAGAAAAAAGACAUCGUAGCGGACAGAAGGGUGUCCCAAGCUGAGAUGCAGAGACGCCAUACUUGGCUCCAAAGAACGAGGCUGAGUAUAGCCACGACCCGGAAUCGUUCUCGAAUAGUCAACGAAAUUCGGUUCCCAGAAACAUUUAAUGGACUCUACUGUGCUCGAUUUUCCCCCAGUGGGGACGUUUUGGCUACUACAUUCGGAACUGGGGCUAUUCAAGUCAGAAACGGUACAACCGGAGACUUAAGGGCGACCCUGAGGAGCGGGUUGGAGUCUUCCUUUCCGGUAAUGUGCUGUCGUUUCAAUCCAGUCCAACCGACAAUUUUAUACGCGUCCAGUGCGUGUGGCAACAUCUUCAUGUGCGUCGUCGACACGAGUCAAUUCAAGCGAUUCAUCGAAGAGCCGAAAAACGAGGUCAACACCAUCGACGUCAGCGCAACCGGAGAACGUCUUGUUUCCGGUGGGAAAGACGCUGCUGUGAGACUUUAUGACACUCAUACUGGAAAGGUAAUCACCACGUAUAAAAAGGACGAAGCUGAAUUGUUGGAAGAGAAGGUGAGCAAAUUUCAUCGGAUGAGGAUAUUCGCUUCGAAGUUCCACCAAACGUUUCCUGAGAUUGUCAUUACCGGUGGCUGGGAUGAUACCGUCAGGAUAUGGGACAUCAGAGUGGGCACCGGGUCUGUCAGGUGCAUCAAGGGACCUCACAUUUGUGGCGACGCUAUUGAUGUCCGAGAAUCCCACAUUCUCACCGGAUCUUGGGUCGUGAGAGGAAGUCUUCAGAUUUGGGACAUGACGAGCGGUAAAUUAAUCGAGACCAUCAAUCCUGAAAAUAGACCCACUACUCUGGAUGGUGAAUUCCUAUAUACCGUGCAGUAUUUCGAUGGCGAUCCUUAUGGGGAAACCGUCCUUGCCGGUGGUUCCGGCACCGGUGCCGUGGAAGUCAUCAGUUUAAAGGAGAAGAGGGUGAUGGGGACCUUCCGGGUGAACAGGGCAGUGGUCACCCUGGACAGCAAUAAGUCGAUCAUAAUCUUCGGCGGAAUGGAGGCAAUCUUGAGGCUCGCCGAAUACAAUUAG